UCUCAUAAAGGUCUGAAUCUGACCAGUUCUCUGUUUUCCUUUUGUUGGUGAAGCUUUCAAUUUGGUUUUUGUUGCAGAUAAGGUACCAGAGUUUUAAAACAUGAAUACCAGAGCCAAGAAAGUUCCACUGAAGCAUGAAAAAGUAGGCAUCUUUCAAGGUGGAUUUUCCCGGAAAAUGGCCCUUCAACAAGAUGUUGAUAAACUGAAGAAGAAGCUUAGACAAGAAGAAAAUAUUCAUAGAGCUUUGGAGAGAGCUUUUAAUAGACCUUUGGGAGCUUUACCUCGUCUUCCUCCCUAUCUCCCUCCUUCAACAUUGGAGCUUUUAGCCGAAGUGGCGGUCCUCGAGGAGGAGAUCGUCUGGCUCGAACAACAAGUUGUGCACUUCACGAAAGACUUGUAUCAAGAAGAUGUGUAUAUAUCGUCUUCAAAAUUGAAUUUGGAGAAUUCUAAACAACAACUGAAAACUCCAACUCAAAAUUCAUCGACGGCAAGUUGCUAG